AUGAAAGCCCGUGACGAGGGCCAGAGGGCCCGCCUUUUGGGGCUCGCCAAGUCCUCGAACGACCUCCUGAAGGAGGCCGAGGACGUGCGCGCCACCGCGGAGCUGGCGCGCACCACGUCCGAGUUCCUCGGCGGGGCGCGGUCCGUCGGGACGGUGCUGGACCUCUGGGGGCGUGCAGAGGACUGCAUCGCCAGGCACAAGGGGGCGAGCGCUGGGCGGCGCGAUGGCACGCAGUGGGGCGGCCCGACGCCAGUGCAGGCGGGCGCGGCCUGCCUCGCCGAGGAGGCGGUCCGGGACGCGGUGAAGAGCCGGCUCGGGGCGGCGUGCGCGGAGGCAAUGACCGUCGGCAGGAGAUUCGGAGGCUGCAUGCGGGCCAUGUGCUCACCUUCGACGCGGCUUUGGCGGAGGCACGGGCGUCGGGCAUGCUGGACGGCGAUGAUGAAGCCAACGUGGCGAACGUGUCGGAGCUCCUGCGCAACAUGCGGGUGCGCAGCGAUCUGA